AUGUCUGUCACAGCAUCUCACCAUGACAACACUAGAAGAUGUGCCAAUUUUACUCCUGAUAUUUGGGGAAAUAUGUUUCUUCAAUAUGCUUCAGAAUCUGAGGAUGUUGAUGACAGCGUGGAACAUAAAGUGCAUAAAGAGAAACUAAAGAUGUUUAUAUCUUCCAACCAUCAGAGUCGUUCAGAAAUACUGAACUUCAUUGAGUUGGUCAAACGUUUGGGAGUCUCUUACCACUUCGAACAAGAGAUUGAAGGAGCAUUGGCAAAGAUUCACAGCAUGUAUACCAGCAACAACAUCCUUAUCAUGCAUCAGGAUGGAGAUGAUGAUCUUCACUCUCUUGCUUUACUCUUUAGAUUGCUGAGGCAACAUGGAUAUCCCAUUUCAUCUGAUGUAUUUGAGAGAUUCAAGGACGGGAAGGGAGAGUUUAAUAUUAAUCAAAAUCUUGCCAAGGACGUCAAAGGAAUGUUGGCCUUGUAUGAAGCUGCACAAUUAGAGGUUCACGGAGAGAAUAUAUUUGAUGAAGCUCUUCAUUUCACUUACACUCUCCUUAAAUCCCUCACUGAUAACAACCAAUUGAGCCCUAUUCUCAACACAACCGCAAGAUCCUUCCCAAAAUCACAUGAUAAUGUUGCUCAACUUUGCAAAGCUAGAUUUCAAUAUGUUGCAGAAACUGCAUCGAAAAGAGCUUGGUGGUGGAAAGAAUCAGAAUUUACGAGGAAGGUACCCUAUGUUAGAGAUAGGUUGGUGGAGUCCUACUUGUGGGCUUUAUCCCUGUCCAAUGAGCUUCAAUUCAGCAUUGCAAGAAUGUUAGUUGGCAAACUGGUUGCUACUAUCGCUCUUCUUGAUGAUACUUACGAUGUCUAUGGCAAACUUGAAGAGCUUGAGCCCUUCACAGAGGCCGUCCACAGAUGGGAUAUAGGUCUCAUUAAAUCUCUUCCAGAGGGCAUGAAAGUGGUGUUUGAAGCAGUUAUAGAACUAUGCAGUGAAAUGGAGAUGCAAAAUGGUGCCAUGAACACUACGUUCCAAGUUAUGAGGUGUACAAGGAUAAUUAAGGGAGCUGUUUCCACUACUUGCCCACUUCUGAUAUCUUCAUUUCUCGGACUUGGAAACCUUGCAACCAAAAAGGCGUUUGAAUGGCUUGCCACACAUCCCAAAAUUAUUAGGACUAUGUCAACGAUUGGCAGACUCCUCGAUGACAUGGCCUCUCAUAAUUUUGAGCAGGAGAGAGAGCAUGUUGCUUCAGGAGUUGAGUGUUGCAUGAAGCAAUUUGGAGUUUCAGAAGAAGAGGCUCAUAAAAUGCUCAAUGAUGACAUCAAAAAUUGCUGGAAGGAUAUUAACGAAGAGUGCCUGAAUAAUCCACAAAACGUCCUAAAGUCUGUGCUUGAUUGUGUCGUCAAUUUGGCUCGAGCGGCUGAGGUUUUCUAUGAAAACAAGCAAGACAGAUUCACCAACGUUUCCCCCAUUAUCUUCAUGUUCAGAUUUUUAUUGCUCUCCUCGAGAGAACCUUCAAUCAACCUUCAUCUCCUACUCGCCUUUUCCAUUCUGAUUCAGUUGUUGGCAUUCAUCGUGAGUUCACCGCGAGUUUGCUGCCACAAUAAGUUUGUUGAAGAUUCGACUGUGAGUUUUCCCCUGUUUCGCGCUGCAAAUCGCUCACCUUUGUUAGUUCAGCUUAUUCGUCCUCUGAUUAUCUACAUCGCCGGCCAUUGUUCUUCCUUGUUGCUUUUUGUGCAACAGUUCCUCCUUCUUUUAGCUUCACAUGUACGGGGCGCGAUUUCCUUCAUCUUCCCCUAUCGAUUGGCAUCAACAAGAGCAACCACAUUCCAUGACUAAUCUUUUCCUCCUCUUCCUUAUCCUCACCGAGCUAUCCUCUUCCUAGUCUGGCUCUGCUUCAUC